AUGCAUCUUGUCAACCUUCUAUCGCUUGCCUUUGCGGCAUUGCCGACUGGGACUUGGGGGCAAGUUGUCGGAACUCCAUAUGGCUUUGCCACUGGAGUCACGGGUGGUGGUAGUGCGACUCCGGCAGUCCCUAGCAGCAUCACCCAAUUGAAAGAGUGGCUUGCCGAUGAUGCGCCUCGGGUGAUCAUGAUUGAUAAAACCUUCAAUUUCAUUGGCUCUGAGGGCACAGUUACAGAGCCAGGGUGCCGCCUGAACACCGGUACGUGUACCGCGCUUAACGGAGGUCAGGAUACCAUCAAGACUGGCGAUUGCGACGCCAAUGAAGUCCGCAUUACUGUUACGUACGAUAAAGCCAGCUACCUCGGCAUGGAAGUUGGCAGCAAUAAGUCUCUCGUUGGCAAAGGCAGCGCAGGUGUUCUAAAUGGCAAGGGACUUCGAUUCAAGGCCGGGGCUAAGAAUGUUAUUAUUCAGAGCAUUCACAUCACUAACCUUAACCCUCAGUACGUCUGGGGUGGGGAUGCUAUAAGCCUGUCAGGUAAUGAUGGAGUAUGGAUUGAUCACGUCAAGUUCGACGGUGUCACAUCAUACUCCCACAGUUGCAACUCCGACCAUUACUGGUGCAUCAUCAUUGGAGGUACAGGCGACAAGAUCACAGUUGACCGCAAUUACAUUCAUGAUGUCAGCGGCCGUGCGCCCAAGAUUGGCUCCAGCUCAGGCACGCAGCUGGUGCAGGCAGUGAACAACUACUUCUCCAGCGGCACUGGCCACAACUUUGACAUUACCUCCUCCGGCCACGUUCUCAUUGAGAGCAACUAUUUUGACAGCUGCCUGACACCCUUAACAAGCGGCAGCAACGGGAAGAUUUUCAACACAGCGAGUACCGGUGUUGAAGGCAAUUGCGCGUCUGCUCUGGGCAGGAACUGCGGUGUCAACUACCUGUCAAGCAACAGCGGCAGGAUGACCAGCCUGACUGAUAGCACUAUCUUGAGUGAGCUCGGAAACUACAAGUCUCAGCUUGUGGCUCCCCUGGGAUAUGGCAAGGUUGUUAGCACUGUUACGGCGAAUGCAGGCAUUGGGAAGAUUGGAAAUUGA